AUGACCUCAUUCUAUCAAGGAAGCCUUCAGGCGGGCAUUGCUACUGCCGUUAGCGAAGCCAAGGCCGUCACUUGCUUCGUCCGAGACGACGAGGAGUUGAGUUCUACAUGGGAAGAUGCUUAUUUUGGGGACAAUGAGGUUGCGCAAGCACUCAAUGCUAAAGCCGUUGUGCUGCGCUUGACAGCAGGGUCUCAAGAAGCCGGGUUUCUGGCUUCCUUCUGCCCAAUCUCGAAGUUUCCUACUGUUGUUCUAAUCAAAAAUGGCGCUCUAAAGGAGUACAUCGGGCCAGAUAUAUCAAAAGAGGACUUUCGCAGUCGAUUGAUCACAGCUUUGGACAAUGAAACAUUACCGACACCCACGUCUGAGUCGGUAGACAAUGGCGUACCUCAGACCUCAGCCGCUGCUACUGCGCCUUUGCAACCUACACAGUCUUCGCCCAAGGUAGAAACAAAGGCCAAUAAAGUUGCGCAAUCUGCCCAGAAACCAAGCCAAGCUCCAACCAAGAACCAGAAGCAGCCUGCAAAGAUUCCGAUCAAAGAUAGUAAACCUCCGGGCUCAGCAGGCUCCGCAUCACAGAAUGGGCCCAAAGAAGCCAAAAUCGACAAGGGCAAAGCACCCAUGGGUACCAAAAAAACCGCACCCAAAAACACUGGAAAGGCUGCAACCCCCAUUUUGGAGAAACAGCCCGAACCGAGGAUUCCCCGAGGACCACCUUCUGAAUACCGGUUGCAGGUGCGUUUAUUUGAUGGAAGGUCGGUGCGGACCAGCUUCGCACCUACGCAGAGCAUCAAAAAUGAUGUUCGGCCCUGGCUUGACCAGCAGAUGGAAGAUGACAACCGACCAUACAAUCUCAAACAUAUCUUGAACCCUCUCCCCAGUCAAACGCUAUCUGUGGCCCAAGAGUCACAGCAUCUUCGGGACCUAGGGAUUGGCUCUACAGCAAACUUGGUGAUGGUCCCUGUAUCUACAUACACAGAGGCUUAUUCCACAGCAGGCAGCCUACCUGUCCGUGGUAUCUCUGCUGUUUACAACCUUGCGUCCUCCGCCGCCUCCACUGCGACAGGUCUGGUGGGCUCAUUCCUAGGAUAUGGCUCAGCUGCGUCAGCGCCCGAAACCACUACUCCGUCUGAGACCACUAAUACCACUCAGCGUUCCAGACCCUCGGGGCCUAACAUUCGAACGCUGGGGGAUCAACAAGAUGCACGUGGAAAUAGUCAACUCUACAAUGGUAACCAGUUGAACUUUGAACCUCGGAAGAAGCAGGACAAGGAUAAAUGA